AUUCUCAUUUGCCUCUCUUCCACAGCCUACAAGACCGUGUCCGGUGUGAACGGUCCGCUGGUUAUCUUGGACGAGGUCAAGUUCCCCAAGUUUGCGGAAAUUGUACAGCUCCGGCUGAACGAUGGCACCGUCCGCUCCGGUCAGGUGCUGGAAGUCAGCGGUUCCAAGGCCGUCGUCCAGGUGUUCGAGGGUACCUCGGGUAUCGACGCCAAGAACACGGUGUGCGAGUUCACCGGCGACAUUCUGCGUACCCCCGUGUCCGAGGACAUGUUGGGUCGUGUGUUCAACGGCUCCGGCAAGCCCAUCGACAAGGGCCCGCCAAUUCUGGCCGAGGACUUCUUGGAUAUUCAGGGUCAACCCAUUAACCCAUGGUCCCGUAUCUAUCCCGAAGAAAUGAUCCAAACCGGUAUCUCGGCUAUCGAUGUGAUGAACUCCAUUGCUCGUGGUCAGAAGAUUCCGAUUUUCUCGGCUGCCGGUUUGCCUCACAAUGAAAUCGCUGCCCAGAUUUGUCGUCAGGCCGGUCUGGUCAAGCACACCGGCAAGUCGGUGUUGGACGAGCACGAGGACAACUUUGCCAUCGUGUUCGCCGCUAUGGGUGUCAACAUGGAAACUGCCCGUUUCUUCAAGCAGGAUUUCGAAGAGAACGGUUCUAUGGAGAACGUGUGUCUGUUCUUGAACUUGGCCAACGAUCCGACCAUCGAACGUAUCAUCACUCCGCGUCUGGCGCUGACGGCGGCUGAGUUCUUGGCCUACCAGUGCGAGAAGCACGUGUUGGUCAUCUUGACCGAUAUGUCCUCGUAUGCUGAAGCCUUGCGUGAGGUGUCGGCUGCCCGUGAAGAAGUGCCUGGACGUCGUGGUUUCCCAGGUUACAUGUACACCGAUUUGGCCACCAUCUACGAACGUGCCGGACGUGUCGAAGGUCGUAACGGAUCGAUUACCCAGAUCCCCAUUUUGACUAUGCCUAACGACGAUAUUACCCAUCCAAUUCCCGAUUUGACUGGUUAUAUUACCGAAGGACAGAUCUACGUCGAUCGUCAGCUGCACAACAGACAGAUCUAUCCACCAGUGAACGUGUUGCCAUCGCUGUCUCGUCUGAUGAAGUCUGCCAUCGGUGAGGGCAUGACCCGUAAGGAUCACUCCGAUGUGUCCAACCAGUUGUACGCUUGUUACGCCAUCGGUAAGGACGUACAGGCCAUGAAGGCUGUCGUCGGUGAGGAAGCCCUCACUCCGGACGAUCUGCUGAACCUGGAGUUCUUGACCAAGUUCGAGAAGAACUUCAUCUCGCAGGGUAACUACGAGAACCGCACGGUUUUCGAAUCGCUGGACAUUGGCUGGCAGCUGCUGCGUAUCUUCCCCAAGGAAAUGCUCAAGCGUAUCCCGGCCUCCAUUUUGGCCGAAUUCUACCCACGAGACUCGCGCCACUAAGCGGUGUGUUUCUUUUGGGCCACGCUUGAAUUAUGUUUUUUCGUUUGUUAUUUUCCUUAUAUCAUUUGCAUGUUGCUGUCCCUUCUAGCAGGGGGCAUUUUCUCAAGUUUAUCCCAAAUUUUCAAAAUUGUUUAUAAAUCUUUCGUUAGAUUUUGGUUGAUUUGCCAUACACCCAUGAGCCGGAAAAAGUAUUGUUAUAUAAUGUAAUGAAGAAAUUCUUCCUCCCCUUUGUAACAAUCAUUUUUUUACAGUUUUCAUUGCGUCCAUCUACAACUUAUUACCAAUCACAAGCGAUAGAUUCAACUUAUCAAUGUCGUAGGGAAACGAGAAGACAUUCAAGGGAUAAUGUUUGUCUUUUUAUCAAUAUUCGAAUCUAAAUGUGUGUGUGUCGAUACAGCAAAUGUCAUUUCGAGUAACGAACAUCCUGUUGAAUCGCUGUGCAAAUUAAGCAUUCCUAAUACGAAAAAUCGAUAAUCUACUUACAAUGUUUCAAAAAAUCAAUUCUAUCAAACACCUCGAGAAAAACGACCCAGAAUUAAAAGGUAGCCGAAAUUGUUAUUUCUGAGAAUAGGUUUUCCCAUUUACGUUUUGCUUUCCUUCGGGCAAUUUUCCGCCGAGCCAAACCGAAAAAGUGCCUACGAAAAUCUCCGAAUCGAUCCUCCAAUCGCGCCGGAACCGAAUCGACUUUCAAUCGACAGUUUAAGAUCCAACAAGGAACAAUACAACAACAACAUACAAAAUCCAUCCAAGAAGAAAAUGUGUGCAAACUUUACCACCAGAGAUAAAAACGCAACAAAAGAAGAGAAGAUUGAAACGGCAUCGACGACCGGUUGAAAUUGAUUCCAGAGAAAAUUAUCAGCAUCCAAUUUUCUUAGUCCACGUUCCGAAGUCGCACGCGGACUCGCCCCAACAUCUUCCUCUAAAAGCCAAAGGGUCCGUGGGGGUUGGUUGGACUCCAUUCGAUGAGCUUUCGGGCGCUUCAAGCGCUGCACGGAUAUUCUGGAAGAUUGCACCGAUCGUGGAAAAGCGAACCUUAAUUUUUAUGGUACUCUGCUUAUUAGGUAAAAUAAUCAACAGUUUAUAUUUUCGAAAAUUUUAAAAAUAACUAUGUAAAAUCAGCAUAAGUAGUCAAAUAUGUAAUCGAGGAAGAGGUACUUCUAGAUGUACUAGCAGGGAUAACAUUAUACUGCGUAUUUCCCCUCCAGAUUCCCCUAUUUGAUUCGUUCGUGCUAUAAAUUUAAUUUUGUUGAUACAUUUCUAUCGUGCUAGGUGUUUAAGCUAUAUACAAUUAGUCGUUAA